AAUGGUGGAGCUCAAAGAUCAAGACAUGGGAGAAGGUAUGCAAUGCAUAAGACAUCCUUACACAAAGAACCCAGGUGGGAUCUGUGCUUUAUGUCUCCAGGAAAAGCUUGGUAAGCUCGUCACUUCCUCUUUCCCUGUUCCAAAACCCAACCAUCUCUCUUCUUCUUCUUCUCCUAAAUCCUUCACUCCUUCCACCACUUCUCUCGCUCUGUCUCUCUCAUCGGGAAGCAAUGGCAGAGACUCCACUAACAACAACAAUCUCCCGUUUCUUCUGGCGAAGAAGAAGAAGAACAUGCUCGCAGCUUCUUCUUCAUCUUCUUCUUCUUCCUCUUCGUCUUCUUCGGCUAAUCUUAUCUACAAGAGAAGCAAAUCGACUGCUGCUGCUUACGGUGAGAGUUUCAGCCAAAGGAAACGAAGUGGGUUCUGGUCGUUUCUUCAUCUCUACUCUUCAAAACAUCAGAUCAGCAACACCACCAAAAAAGUCGAUAACUUUAGCCAUUCAAGGAGGAACCAAAGAACAGAGUCAACAACAGAGACUUCUUCGAAGAGGGUCGGUGUUGGUGGAGGCAUUGAUGUGAUAGUUGAGGAAGAAGAUGAGAGUCCUCCUAACAAAGUGGUUUCAGAAACGCCAACGAAUGGUGGUGGUUCGUCUUUUGGGAGGAAAGUGUUGAGAUCUAGAUCUGUUGGUUGUGGAAGUAGAAGCUUCUCUGGUGAUUUCUUUGAGAGGAUCUCUAAUGGGUUUGGUGAUUGUGCCUUGAGAAGGAUUGAGUCACAGAGAGAAGCCACCAAGGUCAUUAGUAAUGGUGGUGGUGGUGAAGCAGCAAAUGCGAUGAAUGAAAUGGUCAAAUGUGGUGGCAUCUUUGGUGGGUUUAUGAUAAUGACACCAUCAUCUACAUCAUCAUCAACAACAUCAUCAACGGUUGAUCAUCAUCAUAAUCAUAAGAUGGGGAACAGAAACUGGGGAUGGGCUUUUGCAAGUCCAAUGAGAGCCAAAGCUACUACUACUCAUAGAGGUCGUACCAUUACAGAGUCUUCAGCUGACAACAAGAACACAUCUCCAAAUUUGGACUCAAUUCCUUCAUUGUUGGCUUUGAAAAGCUGAAGCGAGAGAUGCAUUACUAAGUAUUUCUAAAUUUAGAUAUUUCAUUCAUGUGUUUUUAGUUAGGCUGUUCUUUCGUUCUUUGGACAUUGGCUUGAUCUUUUAAUGUAAUGUCACACUAUUUUCUUGGUCAUUUCUAUGUUUGGCACCUUGGUUAUAUGUUGGUUGUUCAUUAUCACACAAGCUUGAAACCUUUAGGAGAAUGUGCUUAGGAUACUUGCUGCUUUGUCUUUUACUCUUCUAUGAUUGUUUUCUUAUUCAAUGGAUUAUAAUUUAAUACACAUUGUCACAAGAU